GGGCGCUGACUGCUCCCCAGUUUCCGUAGGGAAGCGCCUGGCUACCACAGCUAUUGUGCGUAGCGCUGUCGCCCUCUUCUUCCCGCUGCCUGCUGUCGUGUUGUUGGAGGAAAACUACGUUUCCUUGCUGCUGGACUUAACUCUCUAAGUGCCAAACCCCACAACAUGAUGGCUCCCAGGAACCAGUAGGCGGUCUCUGCAGCUGCCGAGUUGUGGGCGACUCGCCCUGAAGACCCGAGGGAGACAUCCGAAGGGAGCCCGUGCUCUCAUUAGGUCUCGUAGUCAGGGCUCGGCCAGUGUGAAACGGUGGCAUUGGCUUUAAGAAGGGGGAGGGGAGGCACAGUCUGCCUCUCUUGGGGAGUCGGGGAAGGAAGCCUCCGCUGGCUUGGGAGCGCAAAGAGGCGGCCCCUGCGCCCGCGCUCUCCCCGCCUCCACCCUGGGACGCCCUGGACACGGUGCUGUGCUUUGGGGAGACGAUGACCAGGGGGCGUGCUGCUUCCUAGGCUGCACCCUGCCGGCGUCAGAAGGCGUUGGUAAGCACUCCCAGUCACCCGCGGCCACCACUGGACUAAGCGCUCCAGCUACACACCAGCCGGUGCUCCCAAGAGUUUCAUUGGAACAGCCCCUCCGCUAUCCUAAUCAUGGGGCAUCCCCCGCUGGAGUUCAGCGACUGCUACCUCGACAGCCCCGAUUUCCGCGAGAGGCUCAAGUGUUAUGAACAGGAGCUGGAGAGGACCAAUAAAUUCAUCAAAGACGUGAUCAAAGACGGCAGCGCGCUUAUCAGUGCUAUGAGAAAUUACUCUUCUGCGGUUCAGAAAUUUUCCCAGACACUCCAGUCAUUUCAAUUUGAUUUCAUUGGAGAUACGCUGACCGAUGAUGAAAUUAAUAUUGCGGAAUCAUUCAAGGAAUUUGCUGAAUUGCUCAAUGAAGUAGAAAACGAGAGGAUGAUGAUGGUACAAAAUGCUAGUGACUUGCUGAUCAAACCCCUGGAAACUUUUCGGAAGGAACAAAUAGGUUUCACCAAGGAGAGGAAGAAGAAAUUUGAGAAGGAUGGUGAGAGGUUUUACUCAUUACUGGACCGGCACUUACAUCUGUCAUCCAAAAAGAAAGAAUCUCAGUUACUAGAGGCAGACCUCCAAGUGGAUAAGGAAAGGCACAAUUUCUUCGAAUCAUCUCUUGACUAUGUUUAUCAAAUUCAGGAAGUCCAGGAGUCCAAGAAGUUCAAUAUUGUGGAGCCAGUCUUGGCCUUCCUUCAUAGCCUCUUCAUUUCUAACAGCUUGACUGUGGAGCUCACACAGGAUUUCCUUCCAUACAAACAGCAGCUGCAGCUCAGCUUACAGAAUACAAGAAAUCAUUUCUCCAGUACCCGGGAGGAGAUGGAAGAACUUAAGAAAAGGAUGAAAGAAGCUCCUCAGACAUGCAAGCUUCCAGGACAGCCAACCAUUGAAGGCUAUCUCUAUACACAGGAGAAAUGGGCCCUGGGGAUAUCCUGGGUGAAAUACUACUGUCGGUAUGAGAAAGAGACCAGGACGCUCACCAUGACUCCGAUGGAACAGAAGCCAGGUGCUAAGCAGGGACCUGUGGACUUAACUUUGAAGUACUGUGUGAGAAGGAAGACAGAGUCAAUUGACAAGAGAUUCUGUUUUGAUAUAGAAACUAAUGAAAGAGCAGGAACCAUCACUCUGCAGGCGCCUUCAGAAGCCAAUAGAAGGCUAUGGAUGGAAGCCAUGGAUGGGAAAGAACCUAUCUACCACAGUCCUAUAACAAAACAGCAAGAAAUGGAGCUGAAUGAAGUGGGGUUCAAGUUUGUUAGGAAGUGCAUCAAUUUUAUUGAGACCAAAGGGAUCAAGACAGAAGGGUUGUACCGCACUGUGGGCAGCAACAUCCAGGUUCAGAAGCUGCUCAAUGCCUUUUUUGAUCCCAAAUGUCCAGGGGAUAUUGAUUUCCAUAACAGUGACUGGGACAUUAAGACAAUCACAAGCUCUUUAAAAUUCUACCUCAGGAAUCUCUCAGAACCUGUCAUGACUUAUAAGCUCCACAAAGAUCUCGUCUCUGCUGCCAAAUCUGAUAACCUGGAUUACCGUCUGGGGGCUAUUCACUCCUUAGUAUAUAAGCUACCAGAAAAGAACCGGGAGAUGCUGGAACUUCUAAUCAAACACUUGGUAAAUGUGUGUGAGCACAGCAAAGAGAAUCUUAUGACACCUUCCAAUAUGGGGGUGAUCUUUGGGCCUACCCUGAUGAGAGCUCAAGAGGACACUGUGGCUGCUAUGAUGAACAUCAAAUUCCAGAACAUUGUGGUAGAAAUCCUGAUUGAACACUUUGGCAAGAUUUAUUUAGGUCCACCCGAAGAUAGCCAAGUACCUCCAGUGCCUCCUCCUCGAGUGACAGCAAGAAGACACAAACCAAUCACAAUCUCGAAGCGCUUGGUGAGAGAAAAGACAGUGUUCUAUACUUCUUCCCUGGAUGAAAAUGAAGAUGAAAGUCACCAUCAAACUCCUAAUGGUACAAUCACUAGCAACCUGGAUCCCCCUAAGCUUCUACAGCACCUCAAACCACCCAUGCAGAAAAGUGGGGAAACUGAUCCUGGAAGAAAGUUCCAAAGCAGACCUGUUUCUGACUGUCAAUCGGAGCCUUGUCUAGAGGCGGAUGUGGGGAAGUUGGUAUUUAGGUUGCAGGAUGGAGGGACCAAGGCUACUCCAAAGGCCUCCAAUGGACCUGUUCCAGGCACAGGACACACAAAGACCUCCUCUUUCCAUAUAAAGAGACCAGCUCCCAGGCCAGUGGUUCACCACAAGGAAGGAGAUACUGACUGUUUUAGCAAAGUCCGACCCCCAGGAGAAAAGCAAACAAUCAUCCGUCCUCCAGUGAGGCCCCCAGACCCUCCUUGCCGGUCCAGCACUUCACAAAAGCCAGAGCCAAAGCCAGAAACAGUGUCUGGCAAUGCAGAGGAAAUCCCAUCAUCCGUGGUGGCAUCCAGGACCAGAUUCUUUGAAACAGCUUCCCGGAAAACUGGAAGUUCGCAAGGAAAACUUCCUGGAGAUGAGAGUUGAGGCCACAGGUUUGAAAGGACUUGGCCUUGAGGAACCCUUUUCUGGAUGGGAAAGGGUUUACUUCAAACCCUUGUGAGCUAUUGGUGCUGAAGAGCAGCUCUUUCUGGCCUUAUAGGUGCAGUGUCUGGGAACCUAUAAAAUAAGGAGCACAUGUCAUAGGCACGUGUUUGUUUCUCCUUUGUAUUCUUUCUUCAUCUCCCCAGAAUUUCUGUUGUGAGCAAUUCCUAGGACACUGGAUGGCUGGAUUCUCUCAAGCUCCAAUCUCUACUGAAGUGAAAACACCCACUGAUCUGUAUCGAAGAAUAGAGCCUAGUUUCCCACUCUUCUCUGAACAGCUUGUUUCUUCAAAAGUCAUUGGAUUCUGCAUGAUUCAGGGCUAAAGACUGUUCUUAGGGGGUCUUACCUGAUCUGAAGACUAUUGUUGGGGCCAUCAUUUACCUUAUUUGGAAGGGAGUAGGGAUGUUAGCUGAAUAUUGGAGAAUUGUAUCAUGUCUCUUUCCAAGAAUAUGGAUGCUGAUUAAUUUCAGAUUUCUAGUCUGCUGCCAUGACAUGUUACGGAAAGCCAGAGGGGCUAAACUGCAUGAAUAAUUCCCACCCACUGUCCUUCCUCAAUUUGGGUUUAGGAAGAUAGACUUUUCUCUUUUUGCUUCUAGCCUCUGAGGACAAAUCUGCUAAGCAUGUUUUGCAUGUCAAAACCUAGGCCUGUCUGGAUUUUCUUGCCCCCUACUUUUUCAAAAUAGCUUCUUUUCCAGCAAUCAACAAAUAAAACAAAACAUAAAACAUUUCUGUUAAAAAAAAAGUUGGGGUCAAAUGUUAGGAAAAUUUGUUAAGAUUGACUGAGUCCAAGGAAUUGUUGCUCUUGCUUCUCAUUUGCCUCUAGCUUAUCUUUUAUCCCCCACUCCCAAAACAAGCAAACAAAGCCACAAACAAAUGAAACCAGAUCUUAACCAGGUGCUUAUGGAUUCUGGAACUCCAUGAUGCCCCCAAGAUGACAUAUACAAUUCCAUGAGGGUAAUGCCUUUUCUGAGCAGAUGGUUCAUAACAUUCUACUGAAUUUCAAAUGGGAUUGCAACCCAAUAAAGGUUAAGAACCACAGCCUUUGAGAUAAAAGACUCUUUACAGCCCAUAAAUGAUUGGAUUAGAAGGAACUUUCAAAAGCAUUUAUACUAACAACAGCUUAGUUUACAUGAAGAGCAAGUUAGUGACCACAGCAGGACGAGAUCCCAGGUGUCCAAGCUUCUACAUAAGGUUCUUUUUAGUACACCACAUUUAUCUAGGAAGGGGCCUUGAAGGUGGUGGCUUUAAUGGCCCUUUUGGGAGGUAUUGGCUUUUAUCCUCUUUCUAGAGCCUCUCAUAUUUGCCAGCAAGUAGAAAACUUCAAGAUACAAGCCCCUGGUCCCUUUGACUACUGCUGGAGUCAUUGAAAGUACACUAAAACAAAAGCAGUGCAGUGAAGAAGGAAUCUGAGGAACAGACAGUUUUGAACCCUGAUACUUCUGUUUCUCUGCAGAGGCCUAGGCCACAGCCUCCAAGGCUUUCGGGGCUCUUAUUGAAUUCUGCUUGAGCUGUAUCCUCUCUGUUAGUGAGAAAAGCAAGCAUAUGUGUAGAACUUGAUCACAGGAGUGGGUUACUAGGGCUUCAGAUCCAUGGAAGAUUAUAUAUAAAGGCAGUUUGAGUCUGGUUUUUGUGAGGGAAAAUACCACAGUAAGCACUAAAAAUAUUGGAAUACUACUGAAAGCCAGAUAAAGACAUUGCAUUUUCAAUCAAAGAAGUGUGUUAGAAACUUUGCACUGUGAUUGCAGUAUUAUUACAUGAGGCAUGGAUGAAAGCUCAGCUGGGAAAGGUGAGGGCACCAAUUUUGGAAGCCAGGGAGCAGUUGGUGGGGUAGUUCUGCAGCUGCAGUUAACUCUCUCUUUAAAGACUGAAACAAAGGAUCUCUCUUUAAAAAGCACAGUGUUCUGUGGUGAAGCAUACUGUUAUGAAAUUGCCUUGACCUGUGCAUGAUGCAUAGGCACUCGUUCAGAAGAUGAGAUGGUGUGAGUAGUAACUGUGGGAAAUUAGGAGCAACCCUGGCAAGUAAGUGAGAGAACUGUUAAGUCUUGGACAGUGACAGCAGAAGUGCUAACGCUUAUUAAUCACCCACUAAGUACUAGGUACUUCAAAUGCCCUAUUCUUUCAUCCCUAUAUCAAUCAUGUAAGUACUCAUCUUCUUGUCCAGAUCAAAAGAGUACCCAGUUGCGUUAAGUUACUGGGUGUAGUGCACAGUCAUCAUAAAUACCAGAAAUGGGAUUUUUAUCCAACCCUUUCUGCCUUUGCAUGGUGUGAAAUUUUCCCUGUGCCAUUCUGAGGUGGGUAUUUAAAUAUAGGCCACAUGACUGGAGGUGGAUGGAACUUGAUUCCUGUGUUCCUAACAAAUAUGGAAAGGAAAUCAGAGGGAUUGGGAGGAAGUAGUGCAAGUCUACUUCAUAUAGGCUGAACUAUACUUCAGAGUUGGAUUUUCUUUUCAUUCUGGGUUUACCCAUUUGGUAAUAUGUUUUAAAAGAUCACACAACCUCACCUUGUGAAGUGAAGAAUUCGUUAUGAUUAGUAGCUGUGAAUUUUUUGCCUUAGUCAUUUUUGAAAGAGAAGGGGUUUUUCUAGGUGUUGCUGUGCUUUCUCAGUAUGUCAUGGUUUCAUCCAGAAGGCCAAUGACAUACAAAUAUGCAGAUUGAAGAGGAAAGUUCUCUGUGCCUCUGUAGAAUAGGAUGCCCUGGGGUCAUAUCCCUACAAAGUUUUUCUGUGGUGAAAGUAAAAACCAGGAGGUCAUUUAAUAAAAGAAAUUUCACUGGGUUUUUAUAUUUCAAGUUGAAAAAUGAAAUGAAGGUGUUAUGGCGUAUCCAGCCACCAAGGGGUAAAAAUAAGCACUCAAUUUAAAUAGUAAAACUGUGUCAUGUAGAGUACUUCUGAAAAAAUGGGCUACAAUAGAGAAACAUCUUUCCCUUUUCAAGACGUUCCUUUAUUCUGUAAGAAAUACUAAAAAGUAAAGGAAUUAGUUCAACAACUUGUAAAAUAAUUGCUUUUGAGAGACCAUAGAUCAGUGAAGCUGUUAUUAAAGUAGCAGCAGACAAGUGGCCUUGACACAUUACAAGCCUACAAAAGCUCUAGAAACAACAACAACAGAAAAUCCAGACAGAAGCAAAGUAACUUGACAAGAUAUUUUCAAUGAAGAAAAUCCUUCAUUUUCAUAGGGAAAUGUAGUACUUUAUGUCAAGGACACUAAUAGAGGCCUUAAAAGAUUGCCUAUAUGUUCCUGUGCUUCUCAGUUAAGUGUGCAGAUUCUCUUGUAUAAAUGUCCUCCCUCUACAGUCUCAUCAUGGAAGUUGUCUUUCAACAUAUCAGGAAUGAUGAUCCACCCACCUCCUACCAUUAAUGCUGCCUUGUAAGAAUCUAAAGAGAACUCAGAACAAAAUUCUUUUGGACCUAACAGUCUUAAUUUAGUCUCCACUUUGCAACAUAGCUUUGUCAUUCUCUCAGGCCUCACAGCUUCAGUACAUGAUAGCUAGCAAUUCUGUCUUGUACUUAAGGACCCGUGAGACCCAGGGUGCUGAAAAUGAGUGAUCCAUGAGCAGAAUCUAGAAAUGAAUAAAAAUCCAGAAUUGAAAACUAGAGAUGGUUUUCUCUUUACCAAACUGUUAUUAAGCAGUAUCAAAAAUGAGUCCCAGGGCCAGAGAGAUGACUCAGUGAUUAGGAGUACUAGUUGGUCUUCCAUUGUCCUGAGUUCAAUUCCCAGUGCCCACAUGGCAGCUCACAACCAUCUAUAAAUGUAGCUCCAUAGGAUCUAAUGCCCCCAUCUGUGCAUGCAGGCAAAAUGCCCCUAUACAUCAAAUUGAUAAAUACAUCUUUAAAAGAAAAUGAAUCCAAAAUGUAACUGGAGAUAUUUAGAAAUGGGAUUAAUGAAAACAUAAGUGUCAGCAUUAUGUUACCUGUGGACUUGUUAGAAAUGCUGAUCCUUGGGAUCUACCCUAGACAUCUGGAAUAAGAAUCUGUACUUUAACAAGACCCCCGAAGAGAUUUCUAUGCACAUUAAAAUUUUGAGAAACA